AGGUCAAAGAAUACGGUUUUCCAAGGUUAGACGAUGUCGAUUAACUAUUCUGGGAGGAAGUCAAUGAAACCACUUAACCAACUAAAAACUAUUCACAAUGAACACUAUGCCAAACUUCAGAGCAAAAAUGCUUCAGAAACAGAAUUAUUAGAUGAUCUGAGAAUGUAUUGUAAACAAAGAGCAUUAAUCGAACGUGAAUAUGGUCAAUCAUUGCAAAAGCUUGUAAAUAGUUUUCUUUCAAAGAAAGAAUUUACAACACAAUCAUCUUAUUCAUCAGAAAAUGAUACUAUACUUUCCAAUAAACAACAUAACGUAUGGCAUAUAUGGUAUUCAUUGUUAGCCGAAUCGAAUAAUUUGGCAUUAUCACAUUUACGUGCAUCAGAUAAUCAACAAAGAUUGUCUACUGAACUGAAACCACUUAAAUCUCAGCGUCUGUCAGUUAAUAAACGUGUAUUUGAACAAUUGAAAAUCCUUCAAGGAGAUCUAGCUGCAUGUGUUCAAGAAAUGGUGAAAUCUCAUAAAGUUUAUGCAGAAGAAGAGAAGCAAGCACAAGAAACUCGUUUAAAAACAUUGGCUGCUAAAGAAAAAAUUCAACGUCGAUCCACUGAUAUAUUCCAUUCCAUGGCGCAGUUACAUAAGAAUUAUGAUAAGCUCCUAGGUAAACGCCAAGCAUUUGAUUCUAGAUCAACUACUGCCAGAAAUGAAUAUCUCUUUCAAUUGACCGCAAUCAAUGCCCACUUAAAACAUUACUUCAGUGAAGAUUUACCUGUUUUAGCAAAGACUUUAGAUGGAGAAUUAUAUGAAAAAUUAGGUGAAGUGUUUACAACUCUUUGUGAAAAUGAAAUUGAAUUCUGUACAAUUACACAAAAGCGAUUUGAUAAUCUUUUCAAAGAAUCCUCACAAAUUAACCGCACGAACGCUUGGGAAGAUUUUCUAAAAUUAUCACCACUUUUUAAUAAACCCGUUCAAUAUCAGUUUGAACCAAUUAAAGGAGACGAGACAACAAAGCUGUGCUCCGCUACGAAUGAAAGUAAUUUGGAACAAAUCGCACGUAAACUUUCAAGACGAUUGGUGAUACGCGAGAGAUGUAUUAAAUCAUAUGAAAAUGAAAUGAAAAUGUUACAGGCUGGUUAUGUUACUCCAGUGUCUAGUAUGAUGACUGGAUCUAAUCAUCAAAUACAACAACAACAACAACCAACUAAUUCGGAAACGGAAAAUAAUAAUGAACUAUUAGCAUUCAAUCAAGAAUAUGUUGAGAAUAAAGUUGAAGAAUUACAAUUUGCUAUACGUCGUGAAAAGAUUGAACAAGUAAAAAUUGAAGCAUGUCUAUCAUUAUUACGUAACUCAUCCAUUGAUAUAAACGAGUUUAUUUCUGAAGCUCGUAUAGCCGCGGAAGCAGCAGCUGUUGCUGUGGCUGUUCAAUUAAAUAAUGACGAACGAAAUAAUGGUUUGUUAAAUCAUUCCACACCUAAUCGGCGAUCGAUUAUUCGACCUUUAGGUGAAGGAAGUAGUGAUAGUGCAGCUAGUAGUUCCGGUGUAAAUCAAUUUAUUGAUCAUGAUUCCAGAUUAUUAAGUGAAUGGGAUCAAUCUUAUACACCGUAUGGAUCUGAAUUUUUAGGACGUAAUACAACAACUUAUCCUUUUCAAAGAAGUCUCAAUGUUGACGAUAAUGAUGAUAUCGAGUCAACUAAUCGACUUUGUAGAAAUGGGAUUAAUAAUUGGUCAUCUACUUUCCCUAGACCAUCAACCUCUGGUCAAAUGGAUAACUCUACUGAUGGAACUCCUCAUCCAACUUAUAGAUCAUCAUCUCAGACGAGUACAAAAUUGAAUUGUUUAAAUCAAAAUAAUUUAUUCCCAAAUAACAACGAAACGCGUGUAAAGCACGAUUAUCAAAAUGUCUCACAAAUCAGUUCACGAACUCAUGAUGACAUAACUGUUCAUAGAUCAACUAUUAAUAAUGAUAACAAUAAUAAUAAAAGCCAUCCAAAUGAUACAUUUAAUUCAUUUUCAUCUGUACGCAUUGGUAGUUCCAAUAAUUUGACAAAUAAUAAAGACGAUAUAGAUUUUGAAGCCAUAUGGUCUGAAAAUAAUCGUUUGCAUCGAGCAACUGUUGUACAUGAAUUUAGAGCUAAAAAAUCUAAUGAAUUAGAUCUCGUCGUACAUGAAACUGUUGUCUUAUUGAGUAGCGAGCCUCAAAAUGGAUGGAUAAAAGUAAGAAGUUUAAUAGAUGGAAACGAAGGUUUGGUUCCGAUAAGCUACUUAAAACUAUCUAACGUAGAUGUGCCUAAACAAAACUCAAAAAUCAUUAUGAACGGUGAUAAUAGUAAUCAAAGUAUCUCAGCGCUGCAUUCUAGUGGAAAUGACAUCCUUCAUUUUAAAUUAACUAAGUGUUCCGAAGACAAUGAUCAGAAAAACUCUAAGAAGCCUAAUCAAAUGGAUUCUACGUUCUUAUCCCUUCCUCCAGAAGUAGAUCCACCUCUACUUUUAUGCACAGAUGAAUUUUCUAGUCAUGAAAUAUCCAAACCACCUCUUUCUGGUUCAUUUGUAAGAAGUUUAAUCGAUUUUCACGGAACUAAUCCAGAUGAAUUAAGCUUUAAAGCUGGUGCAGUUAUACGUGUGAUUGGUCGUGCUCCUAAUAUUAACGGUCUAAUUAAUAAUUCAUCAUCAUCAACAACAACAACAACCAGACGAGAUCAGUUAACUUCAAUAUCUGGCUAUAGUAUUGAUGAUGGUUGGUGGGAAGGUGAUCUUCUAGUGACUGAAUCAAACAAAAAUGAUGAUCAACAAUUUUAUUCUAUACGUGGUGUUUUUCCAUCAAUGCUAGUACAAUCACUUUCAUCUGUUGAUUCUGAGUUAUGGACGGUUCGAUGGAAUAAUAUUGUACCAUUGCCUUUAGGUAAUUCAUUGGAAGAAAGUGAUAAUUUGCAAAGCCAAAAUAAUAGCAAUAAAAAUAACAUUAACUCUCCUAAAAUUAGUGCCAAACAGCUCCACACAACUAUAAAUCAUCAUCAUAAUAAUAACUUGGUUAAUAACUGUUCUGUUGAUGUUAAUAAAUCAACAAAGAGUUGUAAUCCAAUAGAUGAAGAAGACUACAUACAACUGCAUUCAAAAGUAUUACCAUCGUCUCAAACAGUUCAAGUGAAAAGUUCAACUUGUCAAAUUCAUUCUAGUCCAUCAGAAAGUAAUAAAUUGGCAUAUACUUCGUUGUCUGAUAAUAUUAAAUAUUCAGCGCCUAAUAAUCUUGUUACAAGUCGACAACCUCAUCAAAACUCUCAAUGCUUGCAUCAUCGUCAUCAUAAUCGACAUCAUGAGUACAGCAAAACCGAUGAGGUUCCAAUAGCUGAGGUUUGAUUAGAAUUUCAUCUAAUUUACAAACAAUAUAUGAAGAUGUAGGUCCUCAUAGCAAUGCAUUUAUUUUUUACACUUUUUAUAUAAACUACAGAUAUAUAAAUUAUUAUGAAAUUGAUUGUUUCUGGCUUGACAUUUUUUUGUUUAUUUUCUGUUUGUUAUAUUUUCUGUAUACUUAUGUUCUUUUUAUUCGGACAGUAUUUUGUUCAUAUUUGUCCCUAUGCUAGGCUUUUUACAUAGGAAUGAACUUAUUUCUAUUUCAUAGAUAAUAAUGAAUUGGUUCACUGUUUUUAUUUGCAAACCUUCUUCCUUUAAACACUUGAUGAAUGCAUCAUAAUUAAACCUUAUUAUUACAUUUGAUUGUUAUCUCACAGACCAUCAUUUUUGUUUGUAUAUUGAUGUAAUUUUUUAUUUUGGUUUUUGUCCCAUUGUAUUAAAUUACAAAGUGAUUGAUAGAGAUUUUUGCUGUAGUCUCCAAAAUACUAAAAUAUAGUGAAAACACUCAUCAAGUUAAAGAAUAGUUUGGAUGAAAAAUAAAAAUUUUUCAUAUCCAAAGUGGU